AUGGUGGAUUUAUCUGGGGAUCAAAAUUUAAACAUUAAUAGAGGUUUAAGCGAUCAUGAAUUAGAAAAACUUGAAUCUAUUACUUAUGAAAAUUUUUAAAAGCAAUAUUAAGCUCAGAACCAAAAUUAAUAAAGCAAUUUAAAAGAAAAGACAAUUAAAAACUAAUAAAAUGAUUUCAAUAAUAUAGAUAACAAUAACAUUAAUAUAAAUAAUAAUAAUAAUAAUAAUAAUAGCUUUUAGAUUAAAAAUAAUUCCCUUAUCUAAGCAAAUAAAUUUACAUCAGUAAGUCCAGUAAAUAAAUCUUAGCACUCUAUAAAAUCUGUAAAUGUGUUUAUGAAUUCUUUAAGUGUGAGCUUAGGGGACAAAGAUAAAUGCUCAAUAUGCUUGAUUGAAUAUGAAAUAGAUGAAAUAGUAAUUGUUCUUCCUAAAUGUAAGCAUUAUUUCCAUUAUGAUUGUAUUAAGCUAUGGUUCUAAUCUAAUUCAAAGUGCCCCUUUUGCAGGGAUAAUAUAAUACUAAGAUUAUAAGAGUGA